AUGUCAACAGAAAGCGACAUUGCUAGAAAAUUUGGAGAAGGAGCUGAGAAUCCUGAAAUUUUGAGGCUACUAAAAGACAUCGAAAGCAUUUAUUCAUUGGAUACAGAAGAGCUGUAUAUCAAGUGGGAGCAGUUUUCAUAUCACAAGAACGGGAAAGUCGCUGAGUUGAACCUUAGAAAUGUCGAACUUUUCAAAGGUUUCAUUCAGCAGCAAAUUGAACGGAAAGCAGCUACAAUUGGGCUCAACAAUUCAGGCUCAGCAUCCGUCAGGAGGCCUAAGAUUGCUAAGCCUAGUAAUGGGGGAAGCCCCUCAUUGUUUGGAUUUGCCUCGCCUAAAACUCCGCUAAUGAAGAAAAGACGCACUGACACCACACCCAGUAAACUGGGUAACUUACAUAUGAAAAGCGACAUCUCAGCAGAUGAUACUCUUGGGUCAAUUGAGCGCUCUCGAUAUGAUCUCGAAUCGCCUAGUGGAACAAGCCGAAGCGCCGAAGUUUCUUCACCAUUCAUGGUUAGCAAUGUGGAAAACAAGACAGAAAAGGGCCAAAUACUGUUAACAUUAAAUCCUCAGAACAUUGAAAUGUCGAAAGGGCAAAAAUUUGAGACCAAAAAUAAGGUAAGUAUUGUCCCUUUCUUCGAUUCAGAGAAAUAUCAAUACAGAACGAUGAGGCAAAACAUCUUGGAGGCUGCAGACGUUCUCGAUGAACAAAUCGAUAUUUUUACGGAAGCCGUCCAACAGCACUACAAUCUAGCUGUCUCAGAUAUUGGAGAUCCCUCUCGCCAAUCCCAAUCCGAAAUAAUAGCUGUAGGCAGAAUCGUUGCAGAUGCGGCCGACUCAGAGAGUAACGUCAAUAUCCACUCCUUGGCCAUCGAAGCCUCUCGUUCAAUGGGCAUAGGAAGAAGAGUUCGUCUCAAUCUAGAAAAAAUUGAGGAAGCGUCUUUUUUUCAAGGUCAAAUUGUUGCCCUUCGAGGCAAAAAUGCUAAUGGUGAAUACUUUAUGGUCGAGGAAGUUAUGGACAUACCUUUUUUAAACUCUCCUGUGUCUACUUUGAAGGAAUUGAAGGAGUUCGAAGAGGAGCCGGAGGAAGAGUCUUUAAAAAUCGUCAUAACUAAAGGCCCUUACACGGCUGCGAAUGAAUUAGAUUUCAGCUUUUUGAAAGAAUUCGUCGAGAGGCUCAACACCGAGCUUGUGCCGCACGUCUUGAUGAUGUUUGGCCCAUUUUUGGAUAUCAUGCAUUCACAAAUCGAAUCCGGCUGUAUACCGCAUUUCCCAGGGUUGACCACUCAACCGAGGACCCUUGAUGAGAUCUUCAAUAAAGUUGUAUCACCGAUACUCAAGAACAUAAAUGAGAAAAUACAAGUGAUACUAAUACCGUCAACAAACGAUGCCAUCAUGAAACAUGCAUCCUAUCCACAGUGCGCUAUGGAUCGCAAAGCCUUACAUCUUCCCAAGACCUUCAAAUGUUUUCCCAACCCUUCAAUUUUCAAGCUAAAUGAAUUCUUUUUCGGCUGCUCUAAUUUGGACGCAUUCAAGGAUAUACGUGAAGCCGUAAAAGGAGGUAAAACUUACUCUAGAAAUAGGCUAGACAGAAUUGCGGAGCACGUAUUGCAGCAGCGAAGAUUCUACCCGUCAUUUCCUGGCAGUAUAAAAAAGCGCAAGACAGUGAACGCCAAAGGACAAGAAGUAUGGGAGCACUUAUCAGGCGCGAAUUUGGAAGUUGACUUUCUUGGAUUGAGCGAAUUUGUUGCGAAACUUAUACCAGAUGUUGUUUUAAUUCCGAGCGAAUUGACUUACUUUGCGAGAAUUGUCAGAAACGUCUUAUUUGUGAACCCUGGUCCUUUUGUAAGACCGACUGGACUACGAGGAAGCUUUGCUCAGGUUUGCGUACAAUCACCUGAGAAGAGCGGAGUUGAACUAACUAGAGUCGACGGAGAAGAAGUCUUGUAUACGAAUGAUAUUUGGAAGAGAAGCCGAGUUGACAUAAUAACCUGA